AGGAGGACCAGGAAGUAAAAGGGCAGCAGCAGCAGCUCCCGAGCGGCGUCCGUCCUCCUCCGCUGGUCCGUUUGCUUUGGUUGAGGGGAACUGUUGGCAGCUAACCGAGGACGACACGUCUAUUAGCCGAGGAGACCUCCCCUUGGUUUUUUCCCCUUUCUUUAAGAAAAAGAAAGAAAGAAGUGAAGAUGGCGUCCAGUACGGAGCGGAGUCCUCCUCCUUUUCCCGACACCGAGGACCAAGAUGUGCUGGAUUCUGAAGAAGUUGGUGGUCGAGACAGCGACGACGACGACGGAGAGGAGCUGUUUAUGAGCGCGAGCAAUACUCCAUUGACCAAACAGGACACCCCAGCAUCCCCCGACAGUCAGGCCAGUGACCUCAUGGAUGACCUCUCCGCCGAGCCUCCGAGCAGCCAAACAGAGAAGAGCGCAGCCAGCUCGUCCCCCGAAGAAUUCGUGGACCUGACAAACAACCUAGAAAGUGCAGAAAGUAAAGUUGAAGCUGAAAUUUCUUCACCUGAACCCUCGGAUGAUUUUUUUGACAUAUUGGGAAGUGAAACGCAGAAAGUGGAAGUCGAGGCUUCUGUCAAAGCCGAUUCAGGUGAGGUGUCCAGUGGCGUUACGGAUCUACCAGGUGGAAAAACAGGUUCUGAGCAGGGAACCUCUUCUGCCGCUCCGAUUAUCAACCUCAACGCAGAUUUUUCGGACAACAAUCAACAGCCGUCACGCGUCGAGAAUAAAACGAACGACCCUUUAGCUCAGGUUCUAAGUGACACCCCAGCCGCCGACCCCAAGAAACCCAGCAGUGCUGUUCUGGACCUGUUUGAAGACGACGGCAGCGACAUUUUCACAGGAACACCGCAGACCAAACCUGCCAGUCAGCCUCAAAAGGGGCUCUUCGGUGAACCCGACGAGGAUCUGUUCGGCGAGCCGCUGGGAGCCAUGUCCAAGAAGACCACCGAGAACGAAGUGAAGUCCAGCACGACCAAAGCUGCCGGUCCAGCGUCCUCUACUGGGGGGGCUCAGCAGGAUCGCAAAUCCACCGAACCUGCAGAUAUCUUCACAGAGGAAGCCGUCACCACAGUGCCAAGAACCAGCAACACCAGCACUGUCAACUCCAAGGCCAAUGGAGUACACUCUGAGGAGGACUUAUUUACUGAGGCCACAGUGGAGCUUUCUCUAGACAGUCCACGGAGCGGUAGGAAGAAAGAAGAAACAUCCAAACCGUCUGCUUCCUCCUCUUCCUCCUCUCUGUCAGCACCUGCCAAACAGGCCAAGCAGCCGCCUGCUGCCCUGGAGGAGUUGGAAGACGAGGAAGAGGCGGAGAAGGAGGACCAGUUUGACGUUUUCAUUUCUGUCAAAGACCCUGAAAAAGUCGGGGACGGCAUGAACGCUUACAUGGCCUACAAAGUAUCCACAGAGACCUCACUGCCCAUGUUCCGUAACAAGCUGAUGACAGUCCGACGACGCUUCAGCGACUUCUUAGGCCUCUACGAGAAACUCUCUGAAAAACAUGGACCAAAUGGACUAAUCGUCCCUCCACCCCCAGAGAAAAGCAUUCUGGGAAUGACAAAGGUGAAGGUGGGAAAGGAAGAUUCCUCCUCCGCGGACUUUCUGGAGAGAAGACGAGGUGCUUUGGAAAGGUAUCUUCAGAGGGUGGUGAAUCACCCCAUGCUCCUCCAGGAUCCCGAUGUUCGUGAAUUCCUGGAGAAAGAGGAAUUGCCCCGAGCGGUCAGCACACAGGCUCUGAGCGGCGCCGGCUUCCUCAAAAUGAUCAACAAAGCGACGGACGCCGUCAAUAAAAUGACCAUCAAGAUGAACGAGUCGGACGCGUGGUUUGAGGAGAAGCUCCAGGAGGUGGAGUCUGCAGACCAACACUUCAGGAAGCUUCACGCUCUGGUCGAAUCACUUGUAGUUCACAGAAAAGAGUUGUCCUUGAACACGGCAAACUUUGCCAAAAGUGCGGCCAUGCUGGGCAGCGCCGAGGACAACACCGCCCUGUCCCGAGCUCUGUCCCAGCUGGCCGAGGUGGAGGACAAGAUCGAGCAGUUGCACCAGGACCAAGCUGCGAACGACACCUUCAGCUUCGCAGAGCUGAUCGCAGAUUACAUCCGCCUGCUGGGAGCCGUCAGGGGGUCGUUUGAUCACCGGAUAAAGGCCUGGCAGCGCUGGCAGGAUGGCCAGGCCAUGCUGCAGAAGAAGAGGGAGACUGAGGCCAAACUGCUGUGGGCCAACAAACCAGACAAGCUGCAGCAGGCCAAAGACGAGAUCGUGGAGUGGGAAGCCAAGGUGACUCAGUUUGAGCGAGACUUCGAGAGAGUGUCUGCAACUGUACGCAAGGAAGUCAUCCGCUUUGAGAAACAAAGGACCAAUAAUUUUAGAAGGCAGAUAACAAAGUACUUGGAGUCGUUGCUUCAGUCUCAGCAGCAGCUGAUAAAGUACUGGGAGGCUUUCUUACCCGAAGCAAAAGCCAUCGCUUAAAGCUGGAGCUUCAGCCCUCUGGACGACAAACAGGCUGCCUUCUUCUACACUUUACCUCUACUGCCUUCAAACCAAGGGAAACAUGUUGAAAAGGGAGAUACAAUCAACCUAUUAUUUUUUUCUUAAAUCACAUUUAACUCUUUUCUAGUCUAUUAGUAAUUCUAUAUUUUCACUUAACCUGUCAAGACUAUUUUCUUAUGAGAGCAAGAGUUUGGAUCUAUAUAGCGAAGAUGAAAAUAGAGGAAGGCGUAGAUUCCAUACAUUUCCAGACCAGAGAAGGUAAAAACGAUCAGGAGCUUCACAGCAAAUGGGACUUAAAGGGAAGCAUUUAGACUGUAAGAUAAACACGUUUGAGCCUUUCUGCCACCCAUCCCUCCUUUCAACGUGGAGAAUUAAUAGUAGAAGGCGUUGAGAGGCAUCAGUAGUGAUGCGGCAGGUUGGAAUUUCUUUCUUUUUUGUGAGGUUUUGCACGCAAACCUUUCUUUAUGUGCCUUUUUUAUGCCAAAAAAAAGGUGUUUUGCCUCCAAACAGCAGCCUGAGUGAGAAUUAGUGUUUUAAUCCAGCGAGGACAUCUUGAUGAUUUCAGCUCCAUCCCUCCACACAGGCUGGGCUGUUUCAUUGUGCGUCAUUGUUGAGUGGUAAUCAUCAGUUUACCAAGCAGCUCUGAUGGGAGGGAGUCUGCUUGGAUUAGUCGACUAAAGCCGCUGGUUCUGUAGCGAAAGCUGCCUAAAGGGGCGGAGCCUGCGUUUUCAGGUUUGGUUUACACAAAUCCUCUGGAACCCUUCUCAUAUUCUACAUUUUUCACUUUCAGGCGUCUUAAUGCUUUACAGUUAAGAAAAUGUAAAAAAAAAAUCUUUACACUUUAGAAAGAAUGUCAGGCACUUAUUUCUUUAUUUUUUUUCUUCUUUUUGUAAGUGAUUUCUUUUGCUUUUCCGUUGAGUUUAGGUGAAAUGUUGGUAAUUUUGUGGGAGAGUUAAAGUCACAGAUGAAAAUAAGACAUCCACUUCCUCUUUAAAUUCCCCUCUGGAUGCCACAUUUAUGUAACAUGAAUGCAUUCAAGGCCUUUUUGAUGGUAAAAAUGAUCUUAAAAUCAAAUAAAUCAAUUCAGUCUAAAUGAAAUAUCUCCACUGAUGAUUGACAGAUGUAUGUUACGGCUUUACUUUGUAAAACUGAGGCAAAAACUAGAAUACUUUCACUUGGAAACCCUUCUAUCACAGAGACAGUAGCACGCUGCACAAACACUAGAAUAUACCCCAGGAGCCAGUAUGAAUGAAAUUAUGGGAUGUGUGCCAAUGAUUUCAUAGUAACUAGUCACUGAUGCCAUAUAGAAAGCUGAAGUUGAGGCAAACGGCGGUAACCGCUGCCGCAUCACCUGCGUUUAGUGUCGCAUUUGCAUUAAUAAACCGAAGCGGUGCAGUGAGUUCCUGUUUUUCUCUGUAAAACUCUGACACCCAGCUUUUACUUUACCUUUUCUUUUAUUUUAUUAUUUUUUUUGGAAGUGAAUUACAGUUAAACUUCCUAACUGAAGCAGCUGUGGUGGCUUCCUGUUCUUUAUGUCAACACUUAAGGUGCAGAACAAUGUCUGUAUCAUACACUGUGUCAAGGAUUACUUUUCCAGCCAAUCAAUUAAAGCUGCACUGUUUACACCAAGA